UCUCACAUUUACAAUGAAACUGAUGUGUGGUCAAUGAAUGAUUUUAUUCAAGUGAAAAAUGGUGACUUGUUAAUACGUUUAAAUGAGCUUGUUAAAAAUAGUGAUAUACAUGUAACUCAAUGUGAGUUGUGUACUGCACGAGGCUUUGUUUGUGAAUUUUGUUGCAAGGAAACUAUUUUUCCUUGGCAGAGUAAUGUAACUAGAUGUGAGAUUUGCGGUUCUUGCUAUCACUCAGUUUGCUGGAAUAAAAUAAUGACUUGUUCAAAAUGUAUACGAAUUGGUAAACGUAAAGCUGAUAAGGCAGCUCCUUGAAUAAAUCUACCAAGUCUAAUAAUAUAUAACAAUAAUAAUAUAUUGUUUAUCA